GCGCGGCGCCGGCGGGCGCGCUCAGUAUGUGUCAUGCUUGGCGAGCGCGCGAGUUAUCCGUGAUGGCGGCACGAGUGCGGUUGAAGAUGCGCCGCGGCACCGGCGUGUCGCCGCUCGCCGUUCUGCUCGCGAUGUGCGCUGUGCUGAAUCUUGUGAGUGGGAUGUUCGAGCAUCGGCACUGCGACCACCAGCAUCCGCGGGCGCACGAGAUAAUUCACGGCGUGCACAUCGAGCCAGCGCACGAAGUAAAAAAACGUAGCAUCAGUCAACCAGUACGAAUUCUACUAUCCUAUGAUGAGAGCGUCUUUAGGCUGGACGACGAGAAGCUGGAUCUCAUUAACAAUACCAUUUUACCCGAGGCUGUGCACUUUUGGGAACGAGCGUUAAUGGUACGAGAGACGAAGAGUACUAUAAGAUUGAACAGGAAAUGCGAGAGUAGUCAAGUUUUUGUCAAGGACCACCACACACACUGUAUAGAUACUUGCCGUCCUGUUACUAUGUGCGGUGAAGUACGCGUCCCGGAGGACCAUCUUGACGUUUGUAGAACAUGCAACGCGACAGGACACAAUUGCGGAAUAGCUGAAGGAAGUAGGGCUGGUCCAGGAAUCGACGGUGCCGAUUUCGUCUUUUACGUAUCCGCCAUGCAGACUGAGAGAUGUCAUAAGGGUUUAACGGUAGCUUAUGCCGCUCAUUGUCAACAAGAAGCAGCAUUGGAUCGGCCAAUAGCUGGUCAUGCCAACUUAUGCCCGGGAAGCAUCAGCACGAAACCACAGGAGUUGGAAACAUUGCUCAGCACCGUUAAACACGAGAUCCUGCAUGCUUUAGGAUUUUCUGUGAGCUUAUACGCUUUCUACAGAGACGAGAAUGGUGAGCCCAGAACGCCCAGAAGAAGCGAUACCGGAAAACCACCUCUUAAUGAAAAGUUACAAACGCACCAGUGGAGCGAGAACACGAUCAAAACCGUGGUCAGGCCUCGCUGGCAAGUGCAUGGCGGUUACGUGGAGAGGACCAUGCAAAUGAUAGUCACGCCUCGAGUCCGCGCCGAGGUUCAAGCGCACUUCAAUUGCCCGGAACUCGAGGGUGCGGAAUUGGAAGACCAGGGUGAGGAUGGCACAGCCCUUACACAUUGGGAGAAGCGCGUAUUCGAGAACGAAGCCAUGACAGGAACGCACACGCAAAAUCCAGUUUACUCGAGGAUAACGCUCGCUCUUAUGGAAGAUACUGGUUGGUAUAGCGCCAACUAUUCGAUGGCGCAAGAGCUAGGAUGGGGAAAAAAUCUGGGAUGCAAUUUCGCUAUGAAAUCCUGCAAGGAAUGGAUAUCCUCCAAAUCAUCUCCGUUGUCAGGAAAAUCAAUACAUCCUUUUUGCAACAAAGUGAAACAAGAUCCAUUGCAGACCGAAUGUACAGACGAUCGGAGUUCAGUGGCCUUGUGUAAUCUGGUGAAACAUCCGCAACCGCUACCUAAGAAAUAUCAAAACUUUGAUUCAAUUCCCCACGUACCAUCGGGAGAGGAACAAUACUAUGGCGGUUCGGUAUCUCUGGCGGAUUACUGUCCUUACAUACAGGAAUUCACGUGGAGAGCACGAAAUAUAGUAGUCAGGGGUUCUCAUUGUCUUUAUGAGGAGAAUAAUCCGCAUCCAGAUAAGAAUUUCGCGUUAGAGAAAUAUGGUCCUCAUUCAAGAUGUUUUGAUCAUACCAAUGAUAUGUGGGAAGAGAGAACUUGCAAACAAGCGCGUCAGUGGCAGCAUUGGGGUUCCGGCUGUUACUUGUACAAAUGCGAAGCUGGCAGAUUACACAUUAUGGUUGGUAAUUAUACAUACACUUGUUAUCAUGCUGGACAGGAACUUAUUAUAAGAAUUAUGCAGAAUGGUUGGUUGCAUAAAGGUGCUCUAAUUUGUCCCCCCUGCCGAGAUAUUUGUCAGGCGGAAUUUAAAGCACGGGACGAAUGGUGUAAAGCAGGGGACGAACAUCCACCUUCUACACAUUAUCACAAAGACUAUCUUCGCUGCGCAUCUGCAGAUAGUUUUAGUCUAAGUAUAUCAACGCUUAUUAUUGCGAUAUUAUCCUUUAUCCUUAGAUGAUAAACUAUUUGUUUUAGUUAAUGUUUUAGUAUUAUCUUAACUUUAGAUACAUAAAUAUCAUUUACUGAUAUAUCAUGUUUUGGAAAUAUUUUAUUUUUUGCGAUAAUAUCUAUUCCAGUUUUCGUUAUUGUAAGAAUAUGAUGAAUAUUGGCCGAGGUGACAAUCGUAUUUAGGCUUGUUAUUUAUACAACAAAAUAUUGGCCAAAUGAUUUAAAAGAAUAAAGAAAUCAUGGAUUGACUUUAGAUGAAAUACAUAUACACUAUUUGAAUUUAUCCGUGAUAAUAACACGACAAGAUAUUUUUAGGUGCCAAUGUUAUAUUAUAUACGCUCUCUUGAUCUAGGUUAUGUAUUUAAUCAAUUUAUCAUAAAUAUUAUUAAAUAUUUGUCUUGUUACCAUUAAUUGAUACACGAUAUAUAUUUGGUCAUUAUUUUGUGCACAAACGUUGUCUAAACAAAGAUAAAUAACUCGGUCAUCGCUCAAUUUAAGGCGGUGAAUAAAUGAUUGUACCGUAAUCGAUAAAUUGCUAAAGCUUAUCUGACUGAUGUGUGUACACACGGACUACAAUCGCUGCCGAUAUAAAAAUAACGUAAGAUUUUAUUAAUGAUAUAAAUUAAUUGUAGAAAUUAAGCCUAAAAAAUGCUAUAAUUAUCAAUAAAUUACAGUAUAAACGCAUUUUGCACAAUGUGACAGUGCAAGUAAUAAAAUUAUAGCAAGGUGUCUAUUUUAUAAAUUGUAAGAAAACUUGUUGCGAACUCUCGAAUUAUUCAAGUACUUUUAUUCAAAAUUCCAAAUAAAAUUACAGAAUUUUUAAAUGCAAUUUUG